AUGGCGUCUCCCAUUGACAAUGCAAAGUCGCCGCCCACUUCUCCCAAGGGCAAGGAAAAAUCCCCAGCCGUUUCGCCGCGGCAUUCUCCGUCGCAGUCUGCCGGGCCAAUGACGCCGCUGGCCGGCCUCGUGGCUGGCGAUGCCGACAAUCCUGUGCCGGUCCAAGUCGAUCACGACGCAUAUCCCGAUGACCCGGCAGAUGUCGACUCGACCUAUGGCUCCGAUCAAGACUCGGCUUACACCGGCUCCAUCACGUCGUCCAUCUACAACUACCAGUAUGAGAACGGCCGUCGCUAUCACGCCUACAGAGAGGGCCAGUACGUGCUGCCCAACGACCAGCAGGAACAGGAGCGGCUCGACCUCCAGCAUCACAUAUGGCGCCUCCUAAUCGGCGGCCGCCUCUUCACAGCGCCUCUACCGUCGCCUACCGACGAGGGGGACGAGCUGCGCAUCCUGGACCUGGGCACCGGCACGGGCAUCUGGGCCAUUGACAUUGCCGACGAGUUCCCCAACGCGUCCGUCUUCGGCGUCGACCUGUCGCCGAUCCAGCCCGAGUGGGUGCCCAACAACUGCCGCUUCCACGUCGACGACUACGAGGACCAGUGGACGUACCACGAGGACGAAAAGUUCGACUACAUACACGGGCGGGCGCUCAGCGGCACGUCGGCCGACUGGCCGCGGUUCUACCAGCAGGUGAUGGAGAAUCUGAAGCCCGGCGGGUGGCUCGAGAUGCAAGAGUACGAUGCAUGGAUCUUUAGCGACGACGAUAGCUGUGACCGGGCGCCGUGGACGAUGGAAUGGGUUGAUAAGCUGGAUGCCGCGAGCAGGAUGUACGGCAAGCAGAUUAAUGUGGCGCGGUAUCAGAAGCAGUGGAUCAUCGACGCAGGUUUCGAGGACGUGGAGGAGAAGGUAUACAGAAUACCAAUCGGACCAUGGGCCAAGGAUCCUACGCUAAAGGAGCUGGGCAAGUUUGAGCUCACGCACAUGCAAAUGUCUGUCGACUCGCACACGCCAGCGCUCUUCACCCGCGUGUUGAAUUAUUCCAAAGACCAGGCGGACGUGCUGAUGGAGGGCGUCAAGCGGGAGUUUCGAAGUCGGGACCUCAGGCUGAUUACUACUUAUCGGUUCAUCGUGGGGAGGAAACCGCUCAACUGGCAAGGCGGAGGGGGAGGGGUGUAG